ACUGUUCCCCCGGACUAACUCUGAGACCCGAAACCUUCAGACGUCCUGCUGUUAUCACCAUGACUUUCGAGGAGGUUCCGAUCCAGAAGCCCACUGAGCGCGCACAGUGCGCCGGCAAAGCGCUGGAAGAGGUUCUGGAGACCGCCAAAGACAACGAGUCCCUCACCGUCGGUGUGUACGAGAGCGCCAAAGUGAUGAACCUAGACCCGGACAGCGUGGCGUUCUGCGUGCUGGCCAUGGACGAGCAGUUCCAGUGUGACAUCGCUCUGCAGAUCCACUUCACUCUCAUCCAGUCCUUCUGCUUCGACAACGACAUCAGCAUCGUCAGAGUGAGCGACAUGCAGCGUCUGGCUGACAUCGUGGGAGACAAGGCGGAGGAGCUGGAAGACGCUCACUGCGUCCUCAUCACGAACCCCGCCGACGGCUCCUGGGAGGACCCGGCUCUGGAGAAGCUGCACCUGUUCUGCGAGGAGAGCCGGCGCCUGAACGACUGGCUCCCGGAGAUCAGCCUCCCCGAGCGCUGAUCCGGUCCGGGCUGCUCUGAUGCUGCAAGGCUUCUAUGUGGAAAUAGUCAUCCUGUGAGCAGGAUGAGCGCGUUUCUGCUCAUCCCUGGACGCUCCUGAGGAGGAUCCCCGUCCAGGCAGCACGGCGCCGGCCCCCCCCGGGGGGCCCCCGUGACCCCGUCGCCUCUCGUCCCGUCCAUGCCAAGAUGACUCUCAUUCUUUCUGUGAACGAGGUCGGGCAUGCCACGAGAGCGACACAUCGACCCUCAUUCUUUGUGCGGAUGAGGUUUGGAGAGGAAGGAGAAGCGAGGUCAAAGGUCGCACGGUGACGCACGCGCAGCAGGAGAAGAAGCGGUGCUGAGGAGGAGGCCUGCUGAAAAAGGGACUUUUUCCAGAGGCUCUCUUCACCGAGCAACAACACACCAGUUGCUGAAAUGUUUCCCACUUUCCAAUGUGUCCUAAUUCUCUAAAGGUUUCACUUUAGAAACUUCUUGACAAAGAUUCGCUACAAGGUGACAAACGUUCGGACUCUAAAGGUUUCACUUCAGAGGAAGACUGAGAAGAUGUUGAAAUUAGUUUGAAAAUAACUUUUGAUGAAAAAGUAAAAAAAAAUAAUAAUAAUAAUUUGUUUUUGAACUUGUUGGAAAAAUGCUGGAAACAAACUUUAAAUUGUAGAAUUAGAAAUGUAAAGAAUAAAAAAGACAUUUAAUAAAGUCUAAACAAAGAUUA